AUGGAAGAAGCGGAAAAAGAAGAAAGACAAGAAAUUUCUGAAAGUAUGGAAAAGCUUAUUCUUGAAGAAGAUAUGGAAAUAAAUGAAGAAAUAGAAGAACAAAUUGAAGAAGAGGAUUUAUUUGGUCGUCCAGGGACGGACGAUUCGAUGGUUGGAGGUGAUAUUCCCAUAGAUUUAAAGCGGAUAAAAGGUAAAAUUUGUAAAAACAUUCUCAUUUAUUUUUAG